UCCGCAGCAGAGGAGGCUCAGCCCGAGAUGGCGGGGGUGUUGAGCGCGGAGCGGCUCGAGGUCUCCAUCGACGGCCUCACUCUGAGUCCCGACCCGGAGGAGAGACCCAGCGCCGAGGGGGCUCCGCUGCUCCCGCCGCCCCCGGCGGGGUCUGGGCCCGAGUCGGCGUCGGAGAGGCGGCGGGAGGCCGGGGAGAAGGAGGCGGCGGCCGAGGGCCCGGCCCCGGCGGCUCCCCCGACCUCGGUCCGGGUGACCGCGGCGGACGACUCUCUGUGCCUGGAGGAGUUCUGGGGCUUCGGCCUGGAGGAGCUGUACACCCUGGCUCUCCGCUUCUUUAAAGAUAAAGAUGGCAAAGCAUUUCAUCCGACUUAUGAAGAAAAACUCAAACUUGUGGCACUGUACAAGCAGGUUCUUUGGGGUCCGUGUAAUCCAGACACUUAUCCUGAGGUUGGAUUUUUUGAUGUCUUGGGGAAUGACAGAAGGAAAGAAUGGGCAGCCCUGGGAAAUCUGUCUAAAGAGGAUGCUAUGCUAGAGUUCGUCAAGCUGCUAAAUAGAUGUUGCUAUCUUUUUUCAACAUAUGUCACAUCCCAUAAAAUAGAGAAGCAAGAACAAGAAAAAAGAAGGAAGGAAGAGGAGGAGCAAAGGCGUCGGGAAAAGGAAGAAAGAGAACGUUUGCAGAGGGAGGAAGAAAAACGUAUUCAAGAAGAAUCUGAAAGGUUGAAAAGGGAAGCAGAGGAAAGGAGGCGAAUAGAGGAGGAGAAGCUGCGGCUGGAGCAGCAGAAGCAACAGAUAAUGGCAGCACUAAACUCCCAGACUGCUGUGCAGUUCCAGCAGUACGCGGCCCAGCAGUAUCCAGGGAACUAUGAGCAGCAGCAGAUUCUCAUUCGUCAGCUGCAAGAGCAGCAUUAUCAGCAGUACAUGCAGCAGUUGUAUCAAGUCCAGCUUUCGCAGCAACAGGCAGCGUUACAGAAACAGCAAGAAGCAGCCACAACUGGAGCCUCUUUGCCUGCAGCGUCAAAGGUGAACGCGGCCACACCUGGUGAAGUGCUCUCAGUCAACGGACAGGCCAAACCUCACCCGGACAGCUCUGCCAAAGAACUGGAGCCAGAAGCUUCAGAAGAAGUCCUUGAGAAUGGGCCCAAAGAAUCUGUUCCUGUAAUAGCUGCACCUUCCAUGUGGACAAGACCUCAGAUCAGAGACUUUAAAGAGAAGAUUCGGCAGGAUGCGGAUUCAGUGAUCACAGUGGGCAGAGGAGAAGUAGUCACCGUCCGAGUACCUACACAUGAGGAAGGAUCUUACCUCUUCUGGGAGUUUGCAACAGACAAUUAUGACAUUGGGUUUGGGGUGUUUUUUGAAUGGACAGUGUCUCCCAAUACUAACGUCAGCGUGCAUGUCAGUGAAUCCAGUGAUGAUGACGAAGAAGAUGAAGAAAACAGUGAAGAAAAAGCCAAAAGGAAGUCCAACAAGCCUCAGCUAGAUGAAAUUGUACCUGUGUACCGACGAGACUGUCAUGAGGAAGUAUAUGCUGGCAGUCAUCAGUACCCAGGGAAAGGCGUCUAUCUACUUAAAUUCGACAACUCAUAUUCUUUAUGGAGAUCAAAAGUAGUCUACUACAGAGUCUAUUAUACUAGAUAAAAGUGGUGUUACAAUAUCGAUUGAGGCUUGGGCUGGGCAGAAGAUGGCCUUUUAUUUGGGAAUCUCUUCUAACAUUACAGAGCAUUAGAGUCAGUGUUUACCCCAUUUGGUUUUGGUCUGACAGUCUGUGAACUCUUAAGAGUCAAGAUUACCCCCAAGACUCCCUAUUACUAUUACAAGAAUUCUUUGAGGGAUUUCCAGAUUCAUCCAGCACUUAGGGGUUAACCAAGAGAGUCACUGAUGGAUGGUGCUUAAGCUGAAAUUACGUGAGUUACAUAUGUUAAAUCCCUCAAACCCUACUAAAUGGAAUGCCCCAGUGUGAACCCCGUUUGGCUGAUGGUUAGUCCACUGUUGCUUGCUCCAUGUGUUUUGUGAUUGCUAACAGUUGAAUUGCCUUUUAAUUUGAAGCCCCUCUGUUAAUGGACUAUUGCUGUGUUUUGAAAUGUCUGGGUUUUUUUGUAUAAUUAGAAAUUCAAAAUUGUUACUGAAAGCAGUUUUUAAAAUAAGUUGUCUCUCUUUGGCUGUGUCCUGCAUAGCCCCAAAUGGUAAGACUCAGAUUGCCUUUAUUUUUGGUUAGUCCAAGGUAAUACAAAGAAGGAUUCUCUGGAAGAAUUGGAUGCUAGAAUUUGUUAAACCAGGGUGAUGAAUGAAUUCUAGUACCAACGUAGGUAGUACUAGUGAGUAAACUGUCUCAGCUGACUAGCCUCCCAUUUCUGCCCAAGAUUGACUACCAGUAGCAAAACAAAGUUAAUAAAUUAUUGACUUGAUUGGCUUUUUACGUCAAAUAUCAAACACAGUUUUCUACCCAAUUCAGUAAUCUUGCUUUGUAUUUUAUAAAUGCAAAUUGGUACCUGGGGCAUUUAAGUAUUUUAAAUCAUUUUAGUAUAUAAUUCAGUGUGUGGGAAUUCGUGUUACACUGAUAAAUCACUGCCACUCCAUUUUCUCAUAUUUGGUACCACUUGUGCACAAAUGUAAUUCUACCUUAGAAUUAAGUGUUGUGGAAAGUUGAAAUGCCCCAUCACAUACCUAAAUUUUAAAGUCUUCUAGAUUUAAUCUGCAUUAUGUCUGUCAUGGAUGAUGAUGGAGCAUCUUGUGGUUCUGUUCAGUUCAAACAAAUAUGGAUUUGUCUGGCCUGUAUUUGUGAAAACAAUUGGCCAGUAUGGGGAGCCUUGGAGGAAUGUAAUAUAGACAGAUGUUAAUAUACAUUUAACACUGUUAAUGUAUGUUAUUGAAAUAUAUGGAUUUUAAAAACCACAAAUCACUUCUUGAAGAAGGAUUUCCAUUAAUUAGCUACAGUUUGUACAGUUCACUACCUAAUGGGGACACUUGAGUUUCACGUGUAUUGGGUUUGUUUCUGUUUGAUCCUUGUUUUUUGUGUAUAUAGAUACAUAGAUAUAUAUACAUAUAUAUCUAACUUUUUUCUUUCCUCAUUCACAAACUGGAUUUUUUUUCUCCUAAGUAGCUCCACAGUGCUUAAUUUGAGGUUUUUGAAUUUGGUUCAGAAACAUAGUACCAGCUUAUGGCUAUCAGUGCUGUUACACCCAGAGCAUUUUUAAGGCAGUCUGCUCUCUUGUACAUACGGAAUGUAAAACCAUGGGAUUAGGCAGUUCCUUGCUUUUUUUUUAAAUGAGAAGAAUUCUGUAUUUAAAAAUGUAAAAUAAACACUUAAAAAAAGCAGACAUUAAUAUAUUUCUUCCAGGAUUUGAUUACAGAUUUUGACCUUGCCCACAUUGAGGUUAUCUCGCUCAUAGAAUGUCAUUGUUCUUGGGAGCAGCAAAUAUAUCGCUUUAAAUGACAACAGUUCAUCAAGUGUUCACAUCAAAACUUUUUGGUUUUAAACUUUUUUUAUUCCCUUUGGCUAUUGAUUAGAACAGUGGAAAUACAAUUUGAAAAAUACUUUAAAAUAAUAUAUUUGAUCAGUUAAAAUACAUUUACUUGUAACUGCUUGACUUUUUUUAAAAAUAUGCUUGUUUUCUGAAGUAUUAGUACUGUACUCCCUAUUCAGGUAUGACAAAAAGAAAUGUAUUAAAGGGCCUUUUCUGUUUUUAAGAAGGCCUAGUUUUUUAAAAAAGCAACACACAAAAAAACCUCUUUUCUGACCAACUCAUUUUCUUUCUGCUGUAAAUUAUGCUUGUGUGUUCAAAUAGAUUUAAUUUUUUUCAAACUUAUUGAUUAAAAGCACUGCCUUUGUUCAA